AUGGCAUCCCAAAUGCUUCGCCCGCUGGCCUCGUCCGCGGUCCCAGCGUCAGCUUCCGAGCUGUGCGCUUCGUCCUUCUUUAUACAGAAGCAAUUGAAAGGGUAUCGAGUUCAAGAUGUCCUCUCUCGUCGCAAGCAGUGGCACAGCACCUUGAGAGCUUCACCUCGACAGCAUGCUCUUGUCACAGACGUCUCUAAACCUCUCGCAUUGAUCCGCCAUGCUUCUGCGCCUCCUCGUAAAUAUUCCACCGUGGUUCUUCCCAAGACAACUCCCUAUGAUCAUCUCGUCGUAGGUGUUCCAACCGAGAUCUUCCCCGGGGAGCGCCGUGUAGCUCUCACGCCUGCCAAUGUUGCACUCCUUAAGAAAAAGGGCUUCAAGCAGGUUCUCGUUGAACGUGGUGCUGGUACAUCUGCUGAUUUCCUCGAUGCCGCCUAUGAAAAAGCCGGCGCAACUCUUGUCACUGGUCCCAAGGAGGUCUGGUCCAACUCAGACAUUGUUCUCAAAGUCCGCGGUCCCGGUCUUGGAGAGGUUGACUCCAUGAAAGAAGGCCAAACCAUCAUCUCGUUCCUCCAGCCUGCUCAGAACAAAGAACUCGUCGAAAAGAUUGCCGCUAGAAAAGCUACCAGCUUCGCCAUGGACAUGAUUCCCCGUAUCUCCCGAGCUCAGGUCUUUGAUGCCCUCAGCAGCAUGGCCAACAUUGCCGGCUACAAAGCUGUUCUCGAAGCGUCCAAUGUCUUUGGUAGGUUCCUCACUGGUCAAGUCACUGCUGCUGGAAAGAUUCCUCCCUGCAAGGUUUUGGUUAUUGGUGCUGGCGUUGCUGGUCUGAGUGCUAUUGCUACUGCUCGUCGUAUGGGUGCCAUUGUUCGUGGUUUCGAUACUCGAUCUGCUGCUCGCGAACAGGUUCAAUCUCUUGGGGCCGAAUUCAUCGAAGUUGAACUUGAGGAAGAUGGAUCUGGAGCUGGUGGAUAUGCCAAGGAAAUGAGCAAGGAAUUUAUCGAAGCUGAAAUGAAGCUGUUCAAAGACCAAGCCAAAGAAGUCGACAUCAUCAUCACCACUGCAUUGAUCCCUGGAAAGCCUGCCCCGAAACUGCUCAAGAACGAUAUCCUCGAUGUUAUGAAGCCUGGAAGUGUCAUUGUCGAUCUGGCUGCCGAAGCUGGAGGCAACUGUGAAGCUACCAAAAAGGGUGAAUUGGCCGUCUACAACGAUGUCAAGAUUAUUGGAUACACUGAUCUUCCCUCUCGUCUGCCAACUCAGUCCUCGACCCUCUACUCCAACAACAUCACCAAGUUCCUGCUCUCCAUGACCCCUGAACCCAGCGCUUUCGGCAUUGAUCUCUCAGAUGAAGUCGUCCGAGGUGCAAUCGUCACCCAAGAAGGAGAUAUUCUGCCCCCGGCUCCUCGCGCAGCACCUCCUCCACCACCCGUAAAGGCUGAGGCAACCGAAGUGACCCCUGAACCUGUAGCUCUGACUCCUUGGCAAAAGAAGACCCGUGAAGUUGCUGGUGUCACCGCUGGUAUGGGUAGUAUGUUGGCUCUUGGAAAAUGGACCAGCCCUCUUCUCAUGUCGAACGCUUUCACCUUUGCUCUGGCUAGUCUUAUCGGAUAUCGUGCGGUAUGGGGUGUUGCUCCCGCGCUUCACUCUCCUCUGAUGAGUGUCACCAAUGCUAUUUCCGGUAUGGUCGGUAUUGGUGGUUUGUUCAUCCUUGGAGGUGGAUUUCUGCCCGAGACUAUUCCCCAGGCUUUCGGUGCUCUCAGUGUUUUGCUGGCUUUUGUCAAUGUUGGCGGUGGUUUCGUGAUCACCAAGCGUAUGCUAGACAUGUUCAAGCGACCUACCGACCCCCCUGAGUACCCCUGGCUCUAUGCAAUUCCUGCUGUUGUCUGUGGUGGUGGUUUCGUGGCUGCUGCGUCAACUGGUGCUGCUGGUCUCGUUCAAGCCGGUUAUCUUGUCAGCUCUGUUCUCUGCAUUGGUUCCGUCUCCAGUCUUGCUUCCCAGGCCACUGCUCGCAUGGGCAAUGCUCUCGGUAUCCUCGGUGUUGGCACAGGUGUGUUGGCCAGUCUUCUCGCUGCUGGCUUUACCCCUGAAGUCCUCACUCAGUUUGGUGGUCUUGCUGCACUGGGUACCAUCGCCGGUAUGCUCAUUGGAAAGCGAAUCACUCCUACCGAUCUCCCUCAGACUGUCGCCGCUCUUCACUCUGUGGUUGGUCUGGCUGCCGUCUUGACCAGUAUCGGUAGUGUCAUGGCUGAUGUCAUGGACCCUUCCACUCUCCACCUCGUCACAGCCUACCUUGGUGUCGUUAUCGGCGGCAUCACGUUUACCGGAUCCAUAGUCGCAUUCCUCAAGCUCGCCGGCAGGAUGACAUCAAAGCCCAAGAUCCUGCCUGGACGUCAUAUCAUCAACUCAGGAUUACUCGCAAGCAACGCAGCCACCAUGGGAGCCUUCAUCACAAUGGCCCCAGGGAACCCCUUGAUUGCAGCUGGAGCACUUGCUGGGAGCACAGUUUUGAGCUUCAUCAAGGGAUACACUACCACAUCUGCCAUUGGAGGUGCUGACAUGCCCGUCGUCAUCACUGUUUUGAACGCAUACAGUGGUUUCGCCCUUGUUGCUGAGGGUUUCAUGCUUGAGAACCCUCUUCUCACCACUGUUGGAGCCUUGAUCGGUGUAUCUGGUUCAAUUCUGUCGUACAUCAUGUGCGUCGCCAUGAACAGAUCACUGACAAAUGUUCUCUUUGGAGGCCUGGGCACGCCAACUGCUGUACAAGAGUUCAAACCCCAGGGAGAAGUCACGCAGACCUCUGUAGAUGACCUUGCCGAUGCACUUCUCAAUUCCGAAAAGGUCAUUCUCAUUGUUGGCUAUGGUAUGGCCGUUGCCAAGGCCCAAUACGCCAUCUCAGACAUUGUCAAGACUCUUCGCUCCAAGGGUAUCACCGUCCGUUUCGCCAUUCACCCUGUCGCAGGCCGCAUGCCUGGUCAGUGCAACGUUCUUCUCGCUGAAGCCAGUGUGCCAUAUGACAUCGUCCUGGAAAUGGACGAGAUCAACGAUGACUUUCCCGAGACUGACCUGGCUGUUGUCAUUGGUGCCAACGAUACCGUCAACCCUAUUGCUCUGGAAAAGGGCAGCUCUAUUGAGGGUAUGCCUGUGCUGCAUGCCUGGAAAGCUAAGCAAGUUGUUGUCAUGAAGAGAGGCAUGGCCAGUGGCUAUGGUAAGUCACCCGCCCUUUACUCGGACACAGCUAACAAGAGCAGCUGA